AUGGCGUCGACCACAACAAACAUCACAGCCAUGCUGAAUCCUCUUCUUCUCAAUAUAACCGGAGCUAUUUAUAAGCUCGGUGAAGAUCGGCCAAUUUCGAGAUGGUCUUUCAUUGUUGCUGGACAAUCGCUGGAAAACACUCCCAUCUCCAGUAUUAAACAAAAUAUACGAAAAAAUCACGGUAUCGAAGACAGGGUUAAGGAGCUUGGAAUAAAAGAUUUUCGAAUUAAACUGCAGCACAGAAAGUUAACUCCAGACCCGGAAUUUCCCAAAGGAAGAGUGUAUGCAAUAGAUUCUCAAGAUCAGUGGAUGGUGGCGUUUCCUUUGUUGUGCAGAAAAGAAUGUGAACUGAUAGGUAUAAAGAUAAUCUCCUGUAUUAUGCAUGUGUAUAUUAUAUAUGUCAUUAUGUGUAAUGAUAGUUUUGUGUCGGGCCCGCAGUAAUGGUCAGUAAUUGACUAUUCGCUGUUGCGGUCACCCAGCCGUGGUCAUGUACUGUAUUUCAUUAUGUACAUUUGUUUUUGCCCUGUUAUGGAAUGUAUUGUUCCAUAGGCAAAGUUUAUAAAUUAAAUUAAAUUAAUCAAGAUUUUAUUGUAAAAAUCCUAUGAAAAGUCAGAGACUUUUUUAAAUUAGUGUUAAUAGUCUUUAAUAAAGUCAAUAGAGUCAUAUUGGGCCAUUCCAUUUAAUGCCCCCCCCCUGUGGCAUUUGACUAGUGACACUAGUAUCCCAAAGGUUGCAGGUUCGAUUCCCCCCGUGGCCAAGCAAACUUUUCAGCUUGCCCAGUGUGGAUAGUCUGGAUAUACAGUCAGAGUAACAUCAAAAACAUUAUCACUACUAUGGAUCACUAUGUUAUGUACGAUUAUAUAUUAAAUUAAUUGGAGCACUUCCCACUUCCAUUUUCCUGGUGGGAAUGUGGGGGCUAUGGUGUCUAUGAUGUAUCAAAUGGGGGAAUUAUUUAUCAGUUUUGAUAAAAUGAAGUUCUGAGUUUUUUGUAUCAAGUAUUCUCAAGUGUGUGUAUAGAUCACUUGUGACACUUGUUUAAAUUUUGCGGCUGGGCCAUUUUGGAUGAUUAUACAAAGGAAUGUGAUCUUUGUGUAUGCAAAAAAUAAUUUAAAACCAAUAAAAUAAAUUAAAUGACCUGAAAUAAUAAUCAUUGUAUAUUUGUAUCAAUAGUCAGGCUAGUCAUUAUGUUAGUUACUCAGAAAACAAAUAUCAUUAUUUCAAUUUACAAUAUCUUUUUUUGCAGUUAAAAUAGUGGAAGUACAGAUCAUGUCCCUAAAGCAUAAGCUAAUGCCACAGAUAUCACCCGAAACCAAGAAUACCAGUGAAACCAGCUCCAUUUGUGUGACUGCUGAUGACAUUGUCGACAGUGUGACUCCUGACACUCCUCAAUUGCAGACUUGCAAUGCAAAGAAGAAAAGAAAGAGAGGAAGACCAUCAGUGAAACAAGGAGAAAAUAAAGAAAGAAGUUUUAAAAAAUUCCAAGCAAGUAAGAUCAUUGUUUUCUACUGUAUCAUUACGAUAAUGGUCGAUAAUAUCUAUAAUUUUGUUGUGAUGCCAUAUUAUGAUAAUAUCAUAAUAUUUUGUCCUACAAGGGCUUCUUACUUGUGACAGUUGUGGUACUGAAUCUUUUGUGUUCUCUAUGAUAAAUCCAUUGUAGAUUAUCCUGAUUUACUGUAAAUAGUUACAUGUUAAUGAGUGUUUCCGCACAUGUCUAGAGAUUGCAAGCAAGUACCCAUCCUGCUCAGUUAAAUCAGACACAGUAAUAACCUGUGAGUGUGGAAAAGAUGUGAAACUUAAUAAGAGCAAUUGUUUGAGCAAUUACACCCACCGUAAGUCAUCAUUUUGUAUUCUUCUAUUUGUAUUGUAACUUAUAAUAAUGACUUACUCAUGUCUGUUAUUAAUGAAUAUAAAAUACAAAUGCCACAAACAGAAUUCCUGUUUGGAAUGCUCGACAUAGUUAUUCAAUUAUCUUGCUUUCUUAUAUAGAUCAUCUAAAGAUUUGUUCUUUAAGACAAUCACCACAAGAAGACCAGAGAAAACUAGAAGCGUUUUUAAAACCUUGCAAGUCUUCAGAAACAUCAGCCUUACCAAAUGUUCCAAUUGUUGAAGAACUGGGUGAUGACAAUACUUCAAAUUGUGAUGUCGAUAGUGUGUGUAGUGGAGGUUUAGAUUACGACGAAAAUCUUGAGUAAGAUACUAUAUGUUUAGAGAAUAUAAUCGUUGAGUUUUACUUUGAAGUCUUCGAACUUACUGUACAGACAUUAUUUAGCUCGCUAUUGUAAGAUCCCCAAUCAUUCUUCAUUUAUAAGCCAUUUCCCAAUUGAGCAGAGGACUGGGUCUAGUGUCUGUAGUUGAUGUUUGGAGGGACAACAAGUUAUAGUUAGCGAGCUAAAUAUAUAUUAAAAGAUGCCUUAUUAUAAUUGUUGCAUUUCAGGCUGCAUAAAUAACUUUAGGAAUGUAGGAAAACUUCCUAGAUGCCAUAUUCGGCAUAUUACUUAUUUUUUGUUCCUCCAAACAAGCGACUAAACCCAGGCCUCUGCUCGAUUGGGAAAUGGUUAAUUAAGCUGCCAGACCUGUCAGAAUAGUGGAAACUUAUUAAUAUAUAUAAAUUGACAUUGUUUGUCUAGUGUCUCUAGUGACUCUAGUGUAUCCAAAUUUUUAGAAGUUGAGCAAAGUUUCAACAUGUUGAUACUAAACUAAACCAACAAGGUUUUAAGAACUUUUAAGUUCUUAAAUUUAACAAUUUGCAGUCACAAAAGGGUCACAAAAGGUGAUAAGAUAUUUAUCAUGUUUGUACCCUAUUCUACCCUCCAAUUUUUCAUGAAGUGUCUGCCACUGAUUAUGUUAUUGACGACAUUGACUAUUGUUCGCUGACGUUUAAUGGCUAAAUCGUUUAUACAGGAUUACAGAUGACGAUCAUAUGAAUAGCUAUAUGGAUGAGGUAUGGAAUAAUGAACUAACAGGACAGCUGUCCACUAAUGACACUAAUGAUUAUGAUCCUCCUGUACUUGAUAAUGACAAUGUUCCUCAACUCUCUGAAUCUAACGAGUCCACAGCAAGCAGCGAAACAGAUGAAUCAAGUAUGGAUGAAUGUGACUCAGAUGGAUUUUGCAAGAAAACUUUUGCUGAUGACAUACGUUUGGGAACCAGGUAGUAUUUCACUAUUGUAUCGUUUUGCUCAGACGAUCAUCUACUAUUUGAUUACGUAUCAGUGAUCAUCUGAUGUGUAAAUAUGUACUAUAUUGUCACUAAUUUAAAUGCGAUCAAUUUGUCAAUAAAUUGAUUAAGCAAUUUGAAAAAGUAAUGAUAUAAAGUUAAUAUAGACAAUAUCAUUUUACUCUUCUGUUUGUUCUUUUAUAGACGUAUCCAGUAUAUGGAUCCCGUUUGUGAGAAUCUACAGACGCUCCUAGACUCUGGAGAACUACGAAAGGAUAGCAUAUUCUACAUUUACCUUAGUAACGCAUUGGCCUUUGUUAGAAACAUUUCAAAUCCAGAAGAACAAUUUCAGUGGGAUGAUGAAGUGCUAGAAUUUGUAGAAACGCUAGAGUAUCACGGGCAUGAAAAGAUUCUGAAUUUGCUGCGGGGUCCAGGCUUUCUAGGGACAGGUAAAGGAGGAAAGAAGCAGUUUGACUGGACGACUUGGAAUUGGCCUCUUCCAGGAAAGACGACAAGAAGAAAGAAUACGCGUGGAUAUACAACAGAUAGUGGUUUGCACAAGCCAUUGGUACAAUCGUUCUUAUCAAUGGCAGAUCAAAACGAGAGCACGAUAACACCACUAAUUGACACAAAUACUGUGCGAAUAAUUCCAACUUGUAUAUCCCAGGAUGGCAUGUCUAUAAAACCAGGUAUGCAAGUUGACACUCGCCAAGGAAAAAUCAUUGGAACAACAGAGCAGAUCGAUAUCAAUUACGUGAAGCGCAAUCCAAGUCCAUCGGAAGAACUGAAGAAGAUCUUUGUAACCGAAGCAGAGACAAGCAUCGUAACAACGUUGGACAACAAGUUGACUCUCCCUGUAGGAGCAGCUUACAUCCCUCGUGGGCUUGAUAGUACCCAGACAAAGCAAGAAUUUGAGAAAGAAGUCAAGCAACUUCAAGCGUGUCUUUCAUGUUUAUGUUCGAAGACAGUGAUAUCUGAAAAUGGUGUAAUAACAAAUGAGACUCAGUGUGAAUCAACAUGUAAUGAAUGCCUAGAUAGUGGUACCGUGUGUGAUGAGUGUAUGGCGUUCGGUCACAAGUUCGUAGAACCUGCAUUGAGAUCGUGCGAUCGAUGCAAAAGCUAUGGCCAUAAGUGCGUAAAGAGUGCCGUACUUGCUAUAUCAAUGGAUUCUGAAUCGAAGAACCAAGCUGCCUUUAAGGAAUUUGAAGAAAGUCAAGAAACAGACAGUGAUCCGUGCCUUUCUCUACUUUCGUGCUUUCCAGAUGCUGUCCACGUGGGCAAACGGAUUAGCAGGAGUUUCAGCAACUGGUUUGUCAUUGUCCAAGGCUACCGAAUAAACCGAGUUCUGUUGCGAACACUGAGAAAUGAUCCUUACGUAAAAGAAUACCUGAAACCUCAUUUGAGCAUCGCAUCAUGCAGAAAUAGAGAUCAAAUGGACGUUGAAUCGUUUUUGGAGAUCUGUUGUCCAGAAGUACAAACUGUCAUCAAAGAGCAUGUCCAUACAAGUAUUGUAGAGACCAUUGUUCCUGAAAAGUACAGAUUGUACGAUGGUAAUAAGAUUGGUGUCUUAAAACAUCCAACAGGAUUAUGUAUGGGACCUCAUGGAACCAUAUUUGUUGCUGAUGCUACAAAGGGGAAGGUGCUUUCUGCCAGGUUACAUUAUCCUGUCGACGUUUCCGAGGUUUGCAUUUCACUGAAGCAACCCGUAUCUGUUGCGUAUGGUAACGGUGUUCUAUACGCUACUGAAAAGAUCACUGGCUUGGUCAUUUGCGUCGACAUCGAGGGAAACACCAUUCUGAACCCAUCAAGAAUGACAGUCAGUCAAUUGCAGAAAUCUCUAAAGGAACGAAACAUGUUUCACCCUAAUGAUCGAAAAUUGAAAAAGGCGGCCCUGCAAAAGAAAUUGGCAGAUUGGUUGGAAAAUGCAAAGUCACAGUCUCAAACCAGUUCGGAUACAGAGAUAAUUGAAGAUGUUGUUCAACAAUCCAAUGCCAAGUCUACCACAAACACUGUUAGCAUACUGAAGUCUUCUACCAAAUUUACUAAUCCCGCUGCUCUCUGUUACUGGGAAUCAAAAUUAUUUGUGUCAGAUAUGGCAACAGGGAAAAUUUUCGUUCUGAAACUAGAGGCCAACGGCAUUAACAUCGAGGCAUCGUUGUUACAAACAUUAGAGUGUAAUAGUUGCUUUCAGUUAUUUGGCUUGUCUGUCACCAAAGAAGGAUCAAUCUUUGUUGCAGCAUCCGAUUCUUCUAUCGGAGGAAUCUUUCUGUUCAGCCGUCAAGAUUGUGACAAUGAAGAGCUUCUUUGGAGACGUUUGCCCUCGCAACUUCUUACCAAUGGCUCGGAAUUUUGCGGCGAAGCUUAUGGCGUUUUAGAUUUAGGAGAUGACCAAGCUUGUUUUACCGACGUAGGCCACAAACAAGUUAAAUUAUUAUCACUCACACGUAGCAACGAACAAGAUGCUGUUAAGGUGAGUCAUGUGACGAAAAUGGCAGGAAGUGGUAAUGCUGGUACAAGAGAUGGGUCUAACGCAGAGUUCAGUCAACCUACUGGGAUAUGUGCGGAGGGAAAAAGGUUUUUGUGGCUGACACUGCUAUUGGACAGUUGCGUAUGGUAACAGAUCCAACGGCAUUACUCAAGUUUCUUGCAACUCUCAAUAAUUUUGCCAAAGCCUUUUCCUUGCAUCUCAAAAAAGAAAAGAAAAGUGACGAUCUUUCGUUAGAUACUGCAAUAUCCAAAGUAAAGGAGAUGAAUGAGUUUAUGCAAGAAUGCGUGGCCAAUAUAAGAGCCCUUACCGGAAUUCGGGAUAAAAUCCUUCAAGGACCUGAAGGUGCAUUUUCUCAGCAGUGCCGUGAUGACGUGAACAUGCUAGUGAAAAGUCUACAUCGAUUACAAGCACUGAUCUCCAGAAUCAAUCCAUCUUAUCUUCAGUCAUUCAAACUGCCAAGUCUCUUAACUCUUGUGGUAGAGAAUUUCUUUUCUGAAAUGCGUGAAGGAAAUGAUAUGCCAACAACUUUACAGUUUGCCUACAAGUUUUCUUCUUGUACACGCGAGACUGUAAAAAGAUUAUCUACAACAAGUUUCAAGUAUUACACAAGUUCCUCUUCCUACUAUAAGAGGCCUGCCGGAUUCUUAAGAUUCGCUGAACUGCCCAAGAUGGAGCCCCCCAACCGCCACACUUUGACAAACGACCAGCUGGGUACCUUGCACAACUGGCGAGUAGAAAAUGGUCAGAGUGUACGUCAAGCGACAGUUCGCAAUUUCUCUACUAAAGAUAAACCAGGAACUUUACCUGUUAAUGUGUACAUGGUGGAGGAACCAAUGCCACAACCACUGGAUUUAUCAAGACAAACUGAUCAUACUGUUGCACAACUGAAUGGCGCACCUCCUGUGGUAACGAAUAAGCAGAUUAUCGCCUGUGUCAAGGCCGGGUUUCACCCAAAAGAAGCCAGACCAUCUCCUUUCUAUCUUGCAUGCCUCGAAGAGCCACUCAAAGAUACAAUCCAAGUAGCUGAUGCAUUGUGGUUUUUGCAAGAUAUUUGCCAUCCUUUGAAUUUUGUUGAAGAUUUCGAGCAUCAUGUUCAGACUGCAACCUCGUAACCAGGGAUUCAGUGCUUGUUGCUCUUAAACGCAGAAGCCCUGGGUACGAGGUUGGUUCAGACUGGUGCUCAAAUGAGUGCUAUACCUCAGCACCAGUGCUGGGCACCUAGUCUGAAUGACCCCCAAUGCUUCGUAUAAUAAAUAGUGGUAUUACAUGACAACUUCAUUAAAAAUUUCUUUAUACUGUUUAAUAGUACAGCUCUAGUUCUUCAUGUUCUAUUUAUACUAAUAAGUUAGUCAAGUGGCACUGCUAAUUGUAAGUUGUAUCAAUUUCACAAUUACUAAAUAUUUCACAUCUGACAUGGUGAUUGUGUUGGUUCAUAAGUAACAUAUAAUAUUUAUAAAGCUUUUUAAUUGUACAUAUCAAGCAUUGUUGCCAAAAGGUAUAUGGCUCUGCUGUGAGAGCACACUUAUUUAUACAUCACACAUGUGA